CAGUGGUCCGAGCACGGGGCUGAGCGCGGGACCGUGCGCGAAACCUAGGCCGGCCACGUAGCUAUGCGGGCAGAGGUUGUGGGAAUGUGCAAACACGUAAAUUAUGUUAAUGAACUAUGAAAAAGCGAAAACAUUGCUACGCAUUGGAAAACAACAACACCAACACGCGGACAGUGAAUAUAAUUGGGCAUAGGUAGCUAGGCAAGCUAAAUCGCAACAGUAGCUAGCGAGCUAGCUAGGUAUUUAAUAUUUGCACUCUCAAACCUUGCAACACUCGUUGCACGAGAUGAGGAAGAGGGCGCUCUCGUCAAGGAUCGCCGAUCUCGCCGCCGGCUGCUCCAACCAGACGGACCGGUUCCCCCGCCUCCCUGCCGGGUCCAGAGCCCGGUCGGUCUGAACCGCGAGAGAGAGCCGCCUGGUGCCGCACCAUGUCCUCGGAGAGUCGCUGCUGAGGAACGAGACCCGCUACAGUUCUCUCUCGCUCUCUCGCUCUCUCUCUCUCUGUCUCUGCAUCUCUGUGUCUCUCUCUCUCUUGUGGACUGAGUGCUAGCUGCAGGAGGAGAUGAACAGAUAGGGCUCUGUCCCUUGCUCCCCUGGUUGGCAUCGCACGCUCUUUCUUUGGAGACGCCGUUCAUUUUCCCCCCGAAAUCGUUCUCCCCCCCCUGCGGAGCGCAUGGAAACCCACUCGGGGUCAGAGUAGGGCUUUCUGUUUCUGGGGGAGGGGUGGGGUGGGGUGGUUUGGGCAGACCCCCGCCCCUCCAGGCGACACUUAGGGGGCGGAGGGUGCAGUUUGAGUAGUCGCAGUUUGGGGCGUUUCUCUCUCGUUUUCUCUUGUCUUUUUGCCCCUCAUGAAGUCCUGCCAGAGCCUGAAGGAGGAGGUUCCUCUGGCCCCCGGCGCGGGAGGGAUGCCCCAGGAGGAGGGCCCCAGGGCCCCGGGCCCCCAGGGGUACUACCACCAUCACCACAAGCUGGGCAAGUUGGGAGAGCAAGCUCCAGGCCCGGGGCCCCAGGCCCCGCAGGGCGGGCCGCCCCAGUACUACAGGGAGGGGGUGGCCUCCGCGCCCAACCCGGGGCCCCCGCCCGCCGCCCGGGACACCUCUGACGACACGGGGGAAUCGGAGGAAGAGGAGGAGGAUGACGAGGAGGAGGAAGAGGAGGACGAGGAAGAGGAGUUCAAGAGGGAGCAGAUCAUCGUGGAGGUGAACCUGAACAACCAGACGCUCAACGUCUCCAAGGGUGAGAACAAGCCCCCUCCCGCCCCCUCCUCCGACCCCGCGGCCAGGGUCAAGACCGGGAGCGAGGAGGAGGACGAGGAGGAGGAGGACGACGAGCAGGACACUCCUGACGAAGAGGAGGAGGAGGAGGAGGAAGAGGAGGAGGAACCGGAGGAGGAGGAGAACGAGAGCAGGAGGACGAGGGCCAAGAGGUCCCGGAGAGGAGGGCCCGCCCCGAACCGCCCGCGGAGGAAGACCCGGAGAGGCGGCACGGCCAGCGCCAGCACGGCCCUGCCGGGGGUCACCACCAGGGGGCGGCAGAGGAUGGCCGAGCCGGGGGCCAGGAAGCGGCGGGGGGCCCGGUCGAGCUCGGCCCCCGGGGGCCCGCCCGGCGGAGCGGGGAAGGACGAGGAGCGCGAGACGCUGGCGUGCGAGAAGUGCCCGCGCGUCUUCAACACCCGCUGGUACCUGGAGCGGCACAUGAGCGUCACGCACCGCCGCAUGCACAUCUGCGACAAGUGCGCCAAGAAGUUUGUCCUGGAGAGCGAGCUGGCGCUGCACCAGCAGACCGACUGCGAGAAGAACAUUCAGUGCGUCUCCUGCAGCAAGUCUUUUAAGAAGCUGUGGUCCCUGCACGAGCACAUAAAGAUCGUGCACGGCUACGCCGAGAAGAAGUUUGCCUGUGAGAUUUGCGAGAAGAAGUUCUACACCAUGGCUCACGUGCGCAAGCACAUGGUCGCUCACACUAAGGACAUGCCCUUUACCUGCGAGACCUGUGGCAAGUCAUUCAAGCGCAGCAUGUCUCUGAAGGUGCAUUCACUGCAGCACUCGGGGGAGAAGCCCUUUCGCUGUGAGAACUGUGACGAGAGGUUCCAGUACAAGUACCAGCUGCGGUCCCACAUGAGCAUCCACAUCGGACACAAGCAGUUCAUGUGCCAGUGGUGCGGCAAGGAUUUCAACAUGAAGCAGUACUUCGACGAGCACAUGAAGACGCACACAGGAGAGAAGCCGUUCAUCUGUGAGAUCUGCGGGAAGAGCUUCACCAGCCGGCCCAACAUGAAGCGGCACCGGCGCACGCACACAGGCGAGAAGCCGUACCCCUGCGACGUGUGCGGCCAGCGCUUCCGCUUCUCCAACAUGCUCAAGGCCCACCGCGAGAAGUGCUUCCGGGUCACCAGCCCCGUCGACCUGCAGCCGGCCGGCCUGUCCCUGCCCCUCCACCUCCCCGCCCCGGCCCCGGCCCCCUCCUCGUCCUCCGCCGCGCCCUCCUCCUCCGCCCCCUCGCCGGCCAGCCCCGCCGCCCCCGCGCACCUGGGCCCCCUCCCCCCGCCCCGGGCGGGGCCGCACGGCUUCUCCCACCUGCACCUGCACUCGCACCCCGCCCACGCCCACGCCCACCCCCACCCCCACCCCCACCACCACCACGGCCACGCGCCCGCGCCCCACCACCCCGCCCCCCACCACAUGGCCGCGCCCCCCGUCUCGCACCUGCCGCCGCCCCCCGCCCUGUUCAAGAGCGAGCCCCUCAACCACCGGGGCCAGGAGGACAGCUACCUGCGUCACAUGGGACCCCCCGACAAAGGCACAGGCACCCCCCAGCACCACUGAACCCCUCCCCCCCACGGAGAAAUAUAUACCAAUGUAUACUUACGGAUAUGCUACCGUUAUCAUGUGCGUCUUUCCUUUCUUCCCUUGCUGAAAUGGCCUUCUCACAGUGUUAACUGACAUUGCGGAAAUGUUGAGGAAUGAGCCCAUGUGUUCGCUGAGGGCCUGCGCGUGUGUGUCUGUAUGUCUGUAUGUGUGUGUGUGUGUGUGUGUGUGUGUGUGUGUGUGUGUCCGGACACGUGGAGGAAGAAGUUGCUACCAGCUAUCAUGAACGUGAGGCUGUGCCAUGGGUAUCAUCUGGUAACUUUGUGCAAGGGUUGCUUGGUUAGGACCCUUUUUUUGUUUUAUCUCAGAGCAGAUGACCAACCUGCUCAGUUCUGUCUGCUACAAACACACGAUGGGGGGGGGGGCCUUGUCCAGAAUCCUGCCUUUCCCUCACCCCUCUGCUUUUUCACUCCGCGUACACUUGCGUGUGUCUGCUCGUACACAAUUAACAUUCUACGGUCAUUGUUUUCAGAACCCAAAAAUAUGGCGAGUCUGUGUGCCCGUCUACCAAACCUUGGUAGUCACGCUGUUCACUUUGUGUGUUAGCCCGGCAACUCCACGCCAAUAGCCUACCAAUAUUGUUUUGCACUUUAACCGGCUUUCAAGGCAUUCUCCCUUUCGGUAGUACACGUUUCCCCGUCUUCUCAACACCACGUCACAGCACUGUACCGAAACACUAACACCACAGUGUGGCAGACUGUUCUCCUGGCCGUGUUCAGUAUGAAGAUCUGCAGAUUAGGCUACUUAGGGGGGCAGGGCAUUGCCGCAAAAGAGCAUGCGUGCUCAGGCCCACCUACCCUGCGUGAAUUUUUUCUCAUGAAUAACUAAGUAAAUGUUUAGGAUAGUUUUGCAGAGUUGCCGUCAGAAUCACCAUGGCGACUGUUUGCAUGCUGGAAGGGGGGCCGGGUGCAUCCCAGAGCGGUUGACUGCAGAACAGGAAACGGUGUCGUGACCGGAGUGGGGGAAGGAAGUCACUGAUUCACAAGGCGCGUCUGUUUAUUCGUUAUUGGGAAUUUGUGCUAUUGUAACGUAUAGACUAACUGACAACUCAAUUCUUGUUUCAAAUAUUAUUCCAUAAUAAGACCGAACGCAUUACUUGUUUUUGUUUUGUUUUUGAUUAACGUCACAUUACCUUGGGCAGUGACCUGGAAGGAUCAUAUAACCGGUAGGGGGCAAGAUCUGAUGAAAGGGGGCAAGAGCAAUUCUCUUGCCUAAGUGCCCGUCGCAGUAAUGAUCUCUUAAGGGUAAGGACGCUGCCUUGGUGUGGAAUUACUGUGUAGUUGUAGAUUUACUAAGUCGGUGCAUUAUUCUGGUUUAAGUAUUCCUGAGACUUCCUAAAUUGGUGCAGGCUCGAUCACGUCAUGCUGCUCGUCAUCCGUUUCCACAUUGGAUGCUAAGGCUUUGACUGCUGCUCCCAUUGGCCAAGUGCAGGCUACUCCUUCUGGAAGGUUCUGUGCACUAAUGCUGCUGAGGUUUUUUUUUUGUUUUUUUUGCUAAGCUGCGAGAGGGAGCAACUAGGACUGACAGAACUGGAUUGUGAACACGCUUGCAGUGCAGGAUUAUUGGUUAGCGUAGCGGCAGUCAUGACCACUGGCCUGUAUCUUGAGUUAUGAAACAAAUGCACGCACAUACUCUCUCUCACAGACACUCACACACACACACACACACACACACACACACACACACACACCAACCCUCAGCUACUCAGGUCCUCACAACUUUGGCAUUUUACAUUUCCAGUAGUAACUGGUACCUCUGCUAACUAUGACAUGACUGUUCUCAUUGAUGCCAGGAGCAAGGUGGGAAACACACACUGGUGUGUGUGUGUGCACACUCGCACUCACUCAGGUGCAGCAGUUACGGGGCGGGAUUUCUGUAUUAUGGCGACGUAUCGCUGUAACCGAGAGGCUUCUGUGUAAGAUCCUUUUCUGAGACCACAGCAGUAACCGAUAACGGCAUAACUCACCCCGUCUCUUUCAUUGGCUGAUCUGAGCCAGGUUCUCUCACCAGACACGACUGCUGCGACUGCUGUAUAGAUUAGGGCUGCACGAUAUGAGGAAAACAUGCGACGCGCAGCGGCGUUGUUGAAUAUUGCGAUGGCAAUGUGACUUGCGAUAACUAAGGAAAUGCUGAAGUGCGCACAGUUCUGCUUCAGGUACACUGCUAACGUAGACCCCAGACAAUUAAUGCAUUAAAUCCAGUAUGCUUUUAUUGAACAAAUUGCACCUGAACAGCCAACAGAACAUCGAUUUAGAUGAAUACUAUUCAUCGCAAUUCAAACAGUGUUUUGCCAUGUUCGUAUCUCGAUGACUGUAAAUAUGAUGCAUCGUGCAGCCCUACUUCAGAGCAGUCAUUCAAACACGUUUUCCACACGGAAGCUCUCUUGGGGUUCACACACACACACACGCGCGCACACACGCCAUACACCACACACACAUAUACACACACCGCUGACAGAUAAAGAAGCGCAUCCAUUUAGUUUAAAUCUUGCUGAAUGAGAACUAAAGCAACAAGUGGCUGUGGGACAUUAAGUGUGUGGGGUUUUUUUUUGUCAAAGUAAUGCAGUCUGAAACAUUCUCAGAGACCUGAGAAAUGUCUGGUGAAACUGGCCUGGAGGGGGGAGAGAGUAUGGUAUAUACUGUAUCUAACGCACUCAUAUUUUACUUUUAUUUGUAUUGAUACGUUUAUUAGCGCUUUUUUUUUUCCAAUUAAAUGUAUUUAGCUGUGUGCAAAGGUUCCUUUGUUGCAUAACAGAUUUAAAGAAAAAAUAUAAAAGCAAUCCCGUUCCUGUCAUUUCAGUUGUCAUCGUUCUGGCGAAAUUUAAUGUGAUCCAAGCGGGUGAGGCAGUGAAGUUUGGGGAAUGGGCAGCACGAACCCCGGCUCUGUGCCUUUCACCCACGUGUCAUUUUCCAGAACCUUCUGGAAGUUCUUGGGUUAAAGUGCACGUGUGUGUGAGAGAGCUUGUGUGUGCGCAGGUGUGUGUGUGUUUGUGUGAGAGAGUGCUUGUGUGUGCGCAGGUGUGUGUGUGCGUGUGUGUGAGAGCUUGUGUGUGUGUAUGUGAGAGCUUGUGUGUGUGUGCGUGUGUGUGUGUGAGAGAGCUUGUGUGUGCGCGCAGGUGUGUGUGAGAGAGAGAGCUUGUGUGUGUGCAGGUGUGUGUGUGUGUGAGAGAGAGCUUGUGUGUGCGUGCAGGUGUGUGUGAGAGCUUGUGUGUGCGCAGGUGUGUGUGUGUGUGUGUGUGUGAGAGCUUGUGUGCGUGCAGGUGUGUGUGUGUGAGAGAGAGAGAGCUUGUGUGUGCGCAGGUGUGUGU